AAACAUUUGACGAUUUGAGGUAGGAGAGUUGCCCAGUUGUCGUGUCUCAAGGUCCAAGGAGUAAGAUGAUACAAUGUCAAAUCGUAAGAUGGCAUCGUUGAUCGAUAAUUAAAUCGUAUCGUUGCUAGGCAACGAAACAUACAUACUUAAAGGAACUUUGGUAGCCUUCUAACCACUUGAAUUAUGAUUUCAAGGAAAGAUAAAAUUUUGAACAAGCCUUAUGAGGAAAGGAAAUAUGAGAAUCACCGAAGAAAAGUAAAAUCUGCAAUGCCAGCUAUAGACAACAGGCCACCAAAUUCUAGACAACAUGUACGUAUCAAGUCUAAAAAAUAUCUCAUGGAGAAGAAUCAAAUGGAUAAAAUACAAAGACACAACUUUCUAUUACUACAAAAACUGAACGAUAUUAAGAAAAAAUGUAGAGUUGAUCAUUACUGGAGUAGUCCCUUACCACAGAUGGUCAAGAAUAAAGUAGCUCUAUAUGAUAUUUGUAUACCAGAUAUCAUAGAUUAUGAAGUACUUGAUGAAAACGAUGAAGAAAUGGAAGAAAUUGAAAGACGUCUAAGAGAAUUAGGCAUUAGAAAAGCAAAUUGCAAUGCUUGUAGUCCCAAAACAAUAAAAGAACUAAAGGUCUCUGAAGAACGAAUACCUUGGGAUGAAGAAAAGGAAAUGGUGUUGAGAAGAGAACGAUCUAAGUCAUUACCUAUCCAAAAAAUUCAUGUACCAAACUCAAAGAAAACAAAUCGAGAUAAAUCACCUUUCCGAAGAAUAAAAUCUUGUGUUUCUGGAGAUUUAGAUAGAAAUAAGCAAAAUACAGUUCAACCAAAGAGAAAUAACUUGAUAUCCUCUUUGCCUCAAAAACUUGUGUUGACCAGAGGCUCCCUGAAGCUUUCAGUAAAUUUUCCUGUGGAUACCCAUGUGACUUUUCAGGAUGGCAAUCAUAAUAAACUAAUCAGCGGAGGCUUUUGUCAGUGUAAAAAGAAUGAAAUGUUGAAUAUUGAGAACUCUUGAAGUUAUACACAUUUCAUUCAUAGAACAAAUAAUUUUUAACACAUUGCAUGAUAUUCACAAUUUGAAAGAAAUAUAUAUUAAACCAUCA